UGGCUCUCCAUCCAUACCAAACCAUUAAAACUCACUUCUCUCUUUAUCUCUCUUUGUCUCCAUAAUGGCGACUUCUCUGGUAUACAACUCCCCCCUUUACUCUCUAAACCAUCGUCACCGAGGGUUCUGUUGUAUACACAGCCCACCCUCUAAACAUCAACCACCAUUCAAAAAUCUGAAUUAUUCAGAUCGUCUCCGGCGAGUCUUAAAAUCAUCUUCUUACAAAAACCCUACUCGGCAGCAGGAGGCAUCCUCUGAUGAGGAGACUAAAACGAAAGUAUCUGAUGAUCGUCUCGAAAUUCCUGCCCCAACGCCUCCGACUUCUAAUCAACCGUUUUCCUUUAAAUAUCUUCGUCGACUAUUCAGUUCUGGAAAUCACAGGGAAACUAUUAGGAUUGAUGAGCUUGGAUUAGAUAUUCUUUCUAUUGCGUUGCCAGCUGCUUUGGCUCUGGCUGCUGAUCCGAUUACUUCUUUGGUUGAUUCCGCAUUUGUUGGCCAUCUGGGAUCUGUUGAGCUGGCAUCAGUUGGUGUGUCCAUUUCUGUAUUUAAUCUGGUGUCCAAAUUGUUUAAUGUUCCUCUGCUCAAUAUCACAACAUCCUUUGUUGCUGAAGAACAAGCUAUGGCUUCUGUGAUGAACAAUGAUUCAAGUCAAACUGGCCAAGAUGAAAACCAAAACAAGAGAAUCCUUCCUUCUGUAUCAGUUUCUUUAGCUCUAGCGGCAUUUAUUGGUAUUGUGGAAGCGAUAGCACUUUCUCUUGGCUCCAGCUUCUUAAUGGACACCAUGGGUAUAGCUGUUGAUUCUCCAAUGCGUAUACCAGCAGAGCAUUUUCUUACCUUGAGGGCUCUUGGUGCUCCUCCUGUUGUAAUUGCACUUGCUGCACAAGGCACCUUCCGUGGAUUUAAAGACACAAAAACACCUCUCUAUGCUGUUGGUGCUGGCAAUUUAUUAAAUGCUAUGUUAGAUGCUAUAUUGAUUUUUCGUUUUGGCUUUGGAGUUGGUGGUGCCGCAAUUGCCACUGUCAUUUCUGAAUAUCUGAUUGCUUUUAUCCUACUCUGGAAGUUAAACGACGAAGUUGAGCUCAUUUCUCCUAAAAUUGAUGGGAGAAAAAUGGUCCAGUAUCUACAAUCUGGUGGACUUUUGAUUGGUAGAAGCUUAGCUGUACUUACAACUCUAACAUUAUCAACAUCAGUGGCAGCUAGAGAAGGGCCCAUACCCAUGGCUGGUCAUCAAAUCUGCUCACAAGUUUGGUUGGGCGUGUCUUUGAUUACAGAUGCUCUAGCUUUGGCUGGACAGGCCCUUCUAGCAAGUAAUUACUCCCAAGCAAGCUAUAGUCAAGCUCGCCAAGUAAUCUACAAAGUCAUACAGAUUGGUUUAUUUACAGGAGUUUCCUUAUCUAUAAUCUUGUUUCUUGGAUUUGGGGCACUUUCUAGCUUAUUCACCGAUGAUUCAAAUGUUAUAACGAUUGCAUUGUCUGGUACUUUGUUUGUUGCUGGAUCUCAGCCCAUAAAUGCUAUUGCAUUUGUCAUUGAUGGUCUCUACUAUGGGGUUUCAGACUUCGAAUAUGCAGCCUAUUCCAUGGUGGUGAUUGGAAUUAUCUCUUCAUUGUUCUUGAUUCUGGUUGCUCCUGCAUAUGGUCUUGUGGGAGUUUGGAUGGGAUUGUUCUUGUUCAUGACUUUGCGUGUACUAGCUGGAAUAUGGAGGUUAAGUUCUAAAGAUGGACCAUGGAAAUUGGUAUGGUCAGAUAUGGAAAAGUCAGUAAGGUAGAUCUGAGUGGCACUAUUGUUGUUAUUUCGUCAACUCUCCAAGGCACGUGGAAUGCAGACAACUAUGAUUGGUUUCUAUUGUGUACAUAAACAUGGAGGAACGAUUGAAAGGAACAUUGGUUUGAAGAAGAGGAGGUGGUGCUUUAGAAUGGUGAUGUUCAAAUGACUUAAUGAAUGUGUAGCUAACUUUGAAUGAACUAUCUUCUUUGGAUACGAAGGUGCGAGGUAAGAACACAAUUAACAUGGCUAGGGAUCCAAUUUAUUUCCGACUUCUGAAAUUCAGGGGAUGAUGAGAUAACAAACAAAUUAAAUUCGAAAAUUGAACUGAAAAGUAAAAAAGGCCCUUGUAAAACAAAAAUAAAAGAGCAAUCAAUGGCAAUAGUAUUAUACAAUUUUGAGCUCUUCUCCAAAGCCAUAAUAUCAAUAAGUAAAAAAGUAAUAAUAAAUGCAUAUCUCCAUUUUAAAAGAUAAAUUUAUGAGGGUUUAAAGAGCGCCAAAAAGAAGAAAGGCAUGAUUGUUAAAUCACAUGCUAAAAGAGAAACUCAUAAAGGUGAACUUCCAUCUAGAAUUUAAGGCAUCUUUUUAGUUUUCCUUUCUAA